UUCCAUGUUCUGAAAAGCAGAGUUUGAAUGAUGGGUCAAUGAUGGUGGCAGGGUGGCAGGGUCACGUGGUUUUGACUGGUAAAUGAUGGGUGUCGCAAGUUUAUCUGCGAAUCCAAUAAACUGAUUAUGCAUGGGCGACACGAGGCAUGCAUGCAUGAUUGACAUGGGUCUCGCAACAUUUGUUGCGAAUUGACUUGGCUAUUAGUGGCGGUCUGAAACCCCUAUAAAUAGACCGCCACUAUCCAACUUCAACUUCCACUAUCAUCCCAACCUCUUCACAACCUCAACUCUCAUCACAACCUCUUCCUUUUGUUCAAUUUCAUUCAUCCUCAACCUCUCUCAAGCUAAAUGGCUGACCAAGAAGUGGUCAAAUUGGGUCCGAGGAAUGAUAGUGUGUUGUAUUUGCAAAAAGAUGGCAAGCACGUGUCUAUUGGUGCGUGGAACCAAAUAAAUAGAAUUCUGAAAGUGAGAAAAUAUCGGGAUUUUCGAGAUUUUAUUCCCGCUGAAAUUGUAGGCCACCUUCGUCAAGCCGGAUUUUACGAAGCCGCCUUAGCUGGGUCUCUGAAACUUGACAAAGUUUUAAUAUCAGCUAUGGUGGAGCGAUGGAGGCCUGAGACACACACGUUCCAUAUGCCGUUCGGAGAGUGUACUAUCACUCUGCAAGAUGUUGCUGUUCAUCUUGGCUUACCCAUUGAUGGGAAUCCUGUCACCGGAGUUACUUGGUGUGAUUGGUCUGAGCUUGUAGAGGACUUGCUCGGAGUGGUGCCACCCGCCAGUGCUAUAAAAGGAGGUGGCUUGAAGUUGGUUUGGCUAGGUGAGCAAUUUAAUUUUCAUAAUCUAGGCGGUGCCGACCCGAUACAACUUAUGUAUACAGCAAGAGCAUACAUCUUGCGACUAAUUGGUACUUUCUUACUAUGUGACCACACCGGUUCACAUGUCCCUCUUAGAUAUCUCAUUCUCUUACGAGACUUUGAGGAGACCGCAAAGUAUAGUUGGGGUUCAGCCGUACUAGCACUUCUCUAUCAUGAGUUGUGCUAUGCAACCGGUGCUUCACGUACAGAGAUUGGCGGCUGUGCUUAUUUGAUACAAGUGUGGGCAUGGCUAAGGAUUCCAGGAAUCGGCUCGGAUCCACCGAGGCUGCACCGUGGCCUCCCACUCGCGGCAAGAUGGAGGGACCCUCCCCCGGAAAAACCAAUAAAGUGGGCAAAGAAGCAAAUCGAGUGGUGGCGUACCAAAUUAGACGAUUUGAGUUCUAAUGACGUGAGUAGCUUGUGUGGAUGUCGUACUUUGCUUAUCUUUAUUUUCAUUUAA